AUGCAGGACUAUGCGAAGGACACGCGGACUGGCCUGGAAGAAGUCGAGCGGAUGGACGACAACGACGUAGGACUUCAGACGCUCAACUCGUUCGGGCAGGUCCACAGGCUGGUGAACGCCUCUCACUACCACGCCAGGACCCGGGCCGCGGCCCAGACGCUUUACAACCUCCGAUACGAUGAAAAUAUCCCAGCGUUCUGGUCUUGGGCAAACCCCAAGAAUGAACCACAGUGGGAGCGGGUCGUCAACGUGGACGUGAUCAUAAACACGGAGAUCGUGCUCUGGGCCGCCGUCAACGGUGGGAAAGCCAACUACUCCGCCGCCGCGGCAAGAGCCCGUGCUGAUCUUGGAGGCGCGUACCAGGGGUGGCAAGACGACUCUACUUGGUCCAGGGGGCAGGCAUGGGCCAUGUACGGCUUCACCAUGGUACACCGCUAUCUUAAGAAGCAGAGGUUCUUGGAAUAUGCCAUCAACACCCUCAGCUACUUCAUCGACAGCCUUCCCGACGACAACGUGCCCUACGCCGACUUUGACGCUCCCGUGGACUCGGACAACCCCAAGGACUCGUCAGUCACGGCUAUAGUAACCUCCGCCCUCUUGGAACUCUUCGAACUAAUCGGAGAACCGAGCUACCUCGAGAAGGCCCAGGAGUUCUUGUCUUCGCUGCUGCUAUCGUCCACCUACUUCGACUCCUUGGCAACCGACGGGUGGCAAGCAAUCCUCAGAAACUCGGCGCCGGCAUGGGGUGAUGAGGCGGUGGGUCCGUCACCGCGGACUACUUUCUCCUGGAAUCGAUGGGUGAGCGGGAUAUUUAACAUUGCGGAGCAGGUCCGGUACAUGACCAUGGCCCCUUCUAUGAUUCUGCGGGACGAGGUGGAGGCCAGCAUCACCGACGACCAGCUCUGGGUCCAGUUCUCUGGAAGCGAUCUCGACAACAACAUCGACCCCUCCGGACCAUCGGAAGAAUCUCCCGUCAUCGUUUGGUGA